GCUUGUGCAAAUACCAUGUACUUAUACUUUGUAUAGUGUAUACUACUUGUAUAUAAUACAUAUACACUUUUGUAGGUUAUUUUAUCUACACUUGCGAGAAUGACACCCACCGAGAAAUCUGUGGCUUAUCUGGGCAUCCCCGGGACGUACACAUACAUCUCUUGCACCGAGAAGCUGCCUGAUUACAAGUUAGUGCCUCGCCCGGGAUUUCGCGAAUGCUUGGAGGCUGUUGAAAAGGGCGAAGUGGAUGCAACCCUCAUGGCCAUUGAGAACUCCACAGCAGGUAGGGUGGAAGCCGUACAUCACCUACUGAGAGACACCUCGCUUGUAAUCACAGGCGAACACUUCCACAGUGUCAAGCACUGCCUACUGGCCCCAGAGGGAACGUCCUUGGACAAUGUUACGGAAAUUCUGAGCCACGAGCAGGCUCUGAAACAAUGCAAACUGUUUAUCGCGCGACAGGGAGCAACCCCUAUCCCUUGCUCGGGCACUGCAGUGGCCGCCAAGCUCGUUGCACAGUCUGAGGGUGGGAAUAAGGCAGUCAUCGCAGCUGAGCUGUGCGUUGAAUUGUACCAAUUGUCUGUCUUGAAGAGAGAUAUUCAGGACAUGAAGGUGAAUACGACACGUUUCAUCGUUAUCCAGAAGCCGCCACAGACACCGCCGCCACAGAUUGCGGGCAAGGCCUAUGGCACUAGCAUGCUAAUAGGUAGCAAUGACAACGUAGAUGGCUUGGAUGUAGUUAAGGUCUUUGACUGUAUCUCCGCCCAAGGAUUGACCGUCUCGAAAAUGGAAACAUACGCCGGAAAUAUACAGAUCAAACAGAUAUACAUAGAGCUCCGAUGUCACAGCGAAAGCGAUGCCUGCAGGAAAGCGUGUGCGAAUAUUGAGCUUAUAACCACGGUUAGACCUAUGGGAUGUUAUGAGUUGGCUGACAGGCCCUCCGACAUCUCAGCGUAAAUAGGAGGCAGUGUAAAUUUAGUAGAGUGACUUCUAUACGACAACUGGUGCGAAUGUAGCCCUAUGAAUGUGACGGGUGUAUGCUGUAGUUUUGCAUUGUUGUCUAGCCUAGUCUAACAGUACAGCGUGGAUGGGACCUGGAAAGCGGAGAAUGCUACUAAUGCAUAAAGCUGUCUCUGGGAUAACAAUUUUGAUACAAGAAUUGAUGCUGAGAUAAACUGCCUGUUUCGCAGUUCAAUUUUGGAUCUACAGUAUUGGAACAACCCAUGUACAACCAAACCACACAGUUAAUCAUGUCGCGAACUCGCAAUGCCCAGAGUAUAAGCUUACACCCGAUUAGGAGACCACGAAGGAUGUGCAGAAGGACAAGCUCGGCACCGAAUAUGGUUUUCACCUGCUUGAGAGAAAUACAUAGCCUUUUCAAUGAGAGUUUAUACUUAGUAACCACAAAUCAGAGCAUAUCACAUCUGCCAUGUGGCGCAAAAGCCUCACAUACUAAAGCAGGGCAAAGAGAUU